GCGAACUGCAAAGUUGUACUCGUCGAUCGGACACAAGUGACCCAGUGCGAAGGACGCGCGUGUGUUUUUACAGACCGAGAAAUAUACACAGUGACCAUGCAGCCGGGCAAAGUUCACCUGUUGCUGCUGCUGCUGGGCCUCUUCUCCGCGCACCAAUGUGCCGCUUCCUGCUUCUUCGCGCCUGAGGUUCAAGGCGAAUUCGUUAUGCAAUCGAGCGUGUCGGCCGAGUGGCAGGUCCAAUACUCGCGGGUCAACAUCACCGGCGAGUCCAUCCCCAUCUGGGGCAUCUGCCACAAGCGCAUCGGCAACAACGUCAUCCUCAUGGACGACUCUGGCGGAGGAAAUUGCUUCAGAUGUUUCCACCUGAGUCUGCACUCAAUCAACGUGCUCCAAGUUCGGACGGAGGGACUGGACAAAUGUUACACAGCCGAGGACGCUGCUAUCCACACUUGUCCGGGCAAUAGCAAGAAUUCAAACGACCUCCAGGAAAUUCUCCUUUACAAAACUAAGCAAAUUUCCGGCGAGGACACAAAACAAGAUUUCUGUCCCAUCAGUGGCCGCUACACAUUCACAUACAACCUGAACGAAGGCACGGAGGACAGAUCCGAGUGUCCUGAGCCCUUCUCCGAACUGGACAACUGCCCGCGCGGCUCCGAACUCAACGUCAAGUUUCGUCGGUGCUCGUUCGAGAACCACGACAUUAAAUUCCAAUGCCUUGGUCACUGGACUGGCCCUGGUCGCCAGAAGUACCUGGCCCUGCUGGACACAAGAUCAGAUGGCGGACGCAGAGCCCAAUACAGAUGUGCCUUGUACGAGGAGGACGCUCGCAGCGGCGUGAUCAGGAUGGCCUUUUCCAGCGACUCGACCUGCACCUCCGGCCUGACUAGCGCGACCAGAGGCUUUGAGACGAUGGUGCUCAACCCGGUGCCCAAAACCAAGUGGCCCUACCCCGUCGAGACGAGCAACUGCCACUUCCCAAGAUGGGCACAAGGACACUGGGAGAAUCUGCACGUGAACGGCAACCAGCUCACCUAUCGGGACCAGAAGUCAUUCCACGUCUCCACCGUCAGGUGCGUCGGCAACAAUUUAGGCGACGACAGCGAGAAGUUCGGCAUCUACACCAGAAACCAGUGUGGAGAGGACCGCUACAGUUGCAUGCAGAUGAAGAAGCGCGCCAACAACGUGAUGGAGUUGAAAAUGAGCCAACUCACCAGCGACAGCUUCAAAGAAACCCUGUGCAUGGACAAUGCCUUUGACCAAACUGGAUCCGCAUGGCAAACGCAAGGAAGAAUUGACAUUAUGCAAGAAUCUCCUUGUCCAAUUUCCGGCGAGUACCUGGGAAUGAUUCCGGACAUUGACGGCCUCUGCGCCAAACUCUACUCAGAUUGCAACAACCCUGAGAUCAUGUUCUUUACAGUAUUUGACUGCUCGAUGCCUACAGACGUUUUCGAAGAGCGCGAGUACAGGUGUUUGGGCCAGUGGGAGGAAAACGGCUUCACUUACACCUACACCCAGAGAAAGGAUCUGGGCAACAGUUACGAGUGCUUCGUCGGUCUCAUUGUGUCCAAGGACGAAAUCUACAUCAAGGAGGCCGGUUCGCACUGCACCCGUUUCAAGGACAUCACAGUCAACGGAAUGCGCCUCUCAAAACGUGGAGAAGCAGUCCAGUGCCAACCAAGAACAACCACCCCUUAUUCGCCAAGGGUGCCUUCUAUGAGGCCUACAAGUCCGACCACCUCGUGGUUCUCCAGCAAACUGCCCCAACCGACGCCAACGAAGCCUUGGAAGCCAAUUACAGCGCCUCCAAAGACCCAGGUGAAGAGUGGGGUGUCCGUGGUGGUGCCCGGCUUCGUCAGCUUCCUCCUGGCCACCGGUUUGCUGCUCUUGCGGGCGCUGUGCUGAACACAACCGUCCCCUGGUGGCACCGCCGCGAACUGCAUACCACACUAUGCACAGUGAUGUGUAUUCCGUCUGUGAUUAAUUAACUAACUAAUUAACUGCUGAUUAACUGUUGAACGACGAGCGCACGAAUGAUUCAGUCUUUUUCAAGAUAAAACAAAGACGAGUGGAAACAAGAAACUGAUGUCAGCUCAAAUGCCAAAUUGCGACUUAUUUAAUCUUUAAAUAAUAGAAGAAUAUAUUUUGUAAUAUAUGCUGGACUCUCGCUAAUACAUCUGAAUUUUGCCUUGGAAUAAGUGUUUGUAAUUUGCCGUUUUUCUUUCCCCUCGGAGUGAAAGUUUAAGUAUAAAUUCAGACUCGCUCUGGGAAAUCAACCUUCUUAUGUUCAGUAAAUGACCUUUUUAUUUUAAUUUUUGACAAGUUAUGUCAAACUCUCUUGGUUGUAUUCCUCAUUUCUGCAGCUUCAGUACUAAUCCAGCAGCUUUUCGAAUGUUAACGAAAAUUUAAUUCUAAAUGGGAAAAAUUACUCGUGCCUUCUCUCAGGCUGUUGCUUUUUAAAUAAACGACCAUUAGCGGAAAAGCGCGUUUUCCGCGACCUGUAUUAUUUUGAUUUUUGUUAGUCAUGUGUUUGUAUGUAUCAUUGAUUAUUUUGUAUUGAUGCCGAUUAUAAAUAUUGUAGCAUUAUUACUGUUUCAUGUAUAGUCAAAGCAAUAAAUUAUGAAUUAAAAGAUAAAAACU